UAACCCAAUGCAAUUAAGCAACACACAUUAAGGUUCUCAAACAUACACUUAAAAGCAAAGCAAUCUAAACCAAAGUGCAGAAUCAUGAGUCAAGAACAGCCACAGAGACCACAAGCAAAUCAGUUUCCCGAGCAACAAACAAUCAAACCAAGAGACGCAGCUCUUAUGCAGACAACAGAGAAUCAAGCCUCAGGACAAACCCAAAAAAGAAGUUCCGCCGCAGCUCUCACGCAGGCAAAAGAUAAUCAAGCCUUAGAUACUGGUUUGGUUAUGGACAAGAAUGCUAUAACCAUUGGAGAGGCGCUGGAAGUUUCUGCUCUAACUCGAGCUGGUGAUAAGCCGUUGGAUCAGAGUGAUGCCGCUGCUAUACAAGCAGCGGAAAUGAGAGCCACCGGAAAGAAUCAAACCCAGCAAGGUGGGUUGGGAGCUAUGGCUCAGUCAGCAGCAUCUCGGAACUCUCGUACUAUGCCUCUGCAGAAUACAACACUGGCUGAUGUCGUAACGGGUGCGCGGGAGAAACUCGGAGCAGACAAGGCUGUAACUCGAGAGGAUGCGGAGGGAGUGAUUGGAGCCGAGCUUAGAAACAAAGAUAACACCAAAACUACACCGGGCGGCGUGGCUGGGUCGAUGGCAGCAGCGGCUACGCUCAAUCAAAAAACCAAAUAUAUGCAGGAAGAGCGGGUGAUAUGUUGUGGAGAUGGAGAUUCCAAGUUGUUAAGAUCACACAUCAAUCAUGGUGUCUAAACAAAUCAAUGAAGACUGGGUUUUAAAGACUAAGUGGUUGCGAAACUACAUUAGCCUUAUUUCCACUUAUGUUUUACUUAAUAAGAAAGUUACCUAUCCUUUUGUAGUGUUUGUUUGUAAAGCGUAGUUUAUUCUAUUAUAUGUACAUAUUUAGCUUGUGUUUACUUGGUCAAUCUUGGUUUAAAUGAAUUUAGGAACUUCUCUUGUAAUGUCAUUUUGAAAGAGAUAGAAAUAGAAGUGAGUUAUUCUUAA